CAGUCCGAGCUGAGCAGCUGGCGGAGCAGAGCGGAGCGCCAGAUCAGCCAUGUCAUCCGAGCCUCCCCCACCGCCGCAGCCCCCCACCCACCAGGCUUCAGUUGGGCUGCUGGAAACCCCGAAGGGCCGGGAUCGCUCUCCAUCCCCACUGCGGGGCAACGUGGUCCCCAGUCCACUACCCACUCGCCGGACGAGGACCUUUUCUGCGACUGUGCGGGCUUCCCAGGGCCCCGUCUACAAGGGAGUCUGCAAAUGCUUCUGCAGAUCCAAGGGCCAUGGCUUCAUUACCCCAGCCGACGGCGGCCCCGACAUCUUCCUGCACAUCUCCGAUGUGGAAGGCGAGUACGUCCCGGUAGAAGGUGAUGAGGUCACUUAUAAGAUGUGCUCCAUCCCGCCCAAGAACGAGAAGCUGCAGGCUGUGGAGGUGGUCAUCACUCACCUGGCACCGGGCACCAAGCACGAGACCUGGUCUGGGCACGUUGUCAGCUCCUAG